AUGCGGCCUCUUGAUACACUCACACGGAUCCAACAGUCAAGUCAGCAGCUAGGAAACCGCAAGCCAGCGCAGCAAAUCAACUUGCUUAGAGUGGAAGAAGUAGUCGGAUGUUGGCUGGAUGUUUUCUGUUCAAUUCCCACUUCCAGAUGUGCUAAUUUGAACAUAUCUCAGUUAUACGACUAUGGCUACGAGAGCAAUGACACUCACGACGUAGUGUACGGAAAAUGUCAGAUAGAAAUAUUCAGUCGGAGCAGUAACAGUUCGAACCACACGUUAGCAUGUAUAAACGGAUAUACUUACGAAGAAGGAAAACAUCAAUCUUUUGUAUCGGAGUGGGAUCUCGUAUGCGACAAAGCCGGAUUAUCUGAGCUCACUCAAACAUUAUUCUCAGUUGGUGGCUUGAUUGGAGCGCUGACCCUGCCUCACUUUUCUGAUACAAAAGGAAGGAAGCCAGUAUUAGUCAUCAACAAUAUCUUACUUUUUAUCUUCUCGUUCUCGUCGAGCUUUUCUCCGAAUUACUAUUUCUUCAUAGUUUUUCGUGUGGUGGAAGGAAUCCUCAUGCAGGGCCUUGCUGUAUCAACUUACACUCUUAUGUUGGAGCUGUAUCCAGUUUCGAGUCGUACACUGAUGAGUGGUUUGAGUGGUGUCACCUGGGGCCUGUCUGUCUUGCCCAUUGCACCCGUUGCCUAUCUGCUUCGUAACUACAGUUGGAAAAUCAAUAAUAUCGUCUUUUCAUGCAGCCACGUCGUAGCACUCUUCCAGUUGUGUUAUUCCACUUCUGAUAUUUCCUUCCAUAGAUUAAACUUAUGCAGCAGAAAUCAAUUUUUUGCAGAAAUACAUUAUAUUCUUUGGAUUUCCAGGUUCAUGAACAGUAUGACAUACACCGCCGUAUAUAUGACCUCUCCCAGUUUGGCAGGUAAUCGAUUUUUGAACUUUUUCUUGUUUGCCCUAACAGAAGUUUGUGCCAAUAUAAUCAUGGCCAUCACACUUUUCAGACUGCCAAGAAGAGUGGCAAUUGCUUUUUUCCAAGGAACCGCCGGUGUUGCCUUAUUUAUAUCUGUAGCUGUCUUGUAUUUUGGAGAUGGGUCGAGUGUCUAUUCAGUCUUGAACCUCAUAUUCAGUCUGUUGGGAAUGUUUGGUAUCAGUGCUUCGUUUUGUCUUAUCUGGAUAUAUACUCCAGAAGUCUACCCAACUAACCUGAGGAAUAUCGGACUCGGUUUCUUAACAUUCUCUGGAAAUGUUGGAAGUAUGGUGUCGCCCUAUUCUCGCCUUCUUAUGGAUUACAUACCUUGGUUGCCUGGAACGGUGUGUAGCAUUGGUUGUAUUUUGAGCUUUUUUCUCUUGUACUUCAUGCCGGAAUCUCAGAAAAUGCAAAUGCCAUCAUCAAUGUCGGAUGUCAAAGAAUACAUGAAAUUACAGAAACGCUCCAAGAGGGAAAAAUCUGGAAAAGAAAUCGGUUCAAUUGACCCAGAAAACACAUAAAACAUCUAUAAACCUCCCACAAAAUUGCUGCCCUUGUGGCAAAGUUUGAAAGCCAUUAUUGUUGUUGUUGUUGUUGUUGUUGUUGUUAACGCCGUGAGCUGGCAGAAUCGUUACAGCGCCAGGAUAGUGUUCAGUAGCAUUUCUUCCAACUUUAAGUUCUGAGUUCAAAUUUCACCGAGAUCGACCUUGCCUUUUAUCCUUAUGGGGUCGAUAAACUAAGUACCAGUUAAGUACUGGGGUCGAUGUAAUCGUCUGGUCCCCACCCACAAAAUUUCAAGCCUGUUGCCUAUAGUUGAAAGGAUUAUUAUUAUUAUGUUUUUUUUUUCUUCUUUCUUCAAAUUUUUUCCCAUUUCUCGCCGAGUGUUUUCCGUACACUUAGGGCAGAGAAACGUUGUAUGCAUUCCCAAUUUACACACGCAAAUUCAUAGGUAAAACAUGUAUUUAAAAAAAUUUUUUUUUUUUUUAAAUCAUGAAUGGAUGUUGUUUUCACAGCGAUAAUGCUCUUCUUAGUACAUGAGUCGUUCCAGUUAGCACGAUUUUUUGCACCUCCUGUAGAGAUGGUAAGCCUGGUAUCAUUUUCAAAUAGAUUUCAGUACCUUUUUUUAUCAUUCCUAGAGAUCCU